CGCACCCGCUGCGGCUCGCCCGCACAGCCCAGCCUCGGCGCGGGCCGCAGCCACCCCAGCCUCCGCGACCAUCAUCGCCGCCGCGGAACCGCCGAGCCCGCCCGGCGCGGAACCCAGGCCAGUCCAGGCUGGGCACUCGGGCGGGCGCACGGGCCGCCGCUGUCGCUCGCUACGCUCCGGCUCCGGCUCCAGCUCCAGCUCCGGGGAGGACGCGCUGGGCUCGCUCCUCCGAGACGCUCCGUGUUCUCAGUGCGGAGCAUCCUCCCCGGUGCUCGGCAUCCUCCUCGCAGCGCCCGAGCCUCCUGCUCCGAGCUCAGCGUCCUCUUCCCUGAGCAUCCUCCCUAGUGCUGGCUUGGCAUCUUCCUCCGAGCUCAGCAGCGUCCUCCUUCCGCUCCUCAGCGGCACCCGGGCCCGGUCCCCACCCGCUCGCACCCCACCCGCGGGAAGGAGGCCUCGGGAAUGCAGGGGAGUGGCUGUGGGGGCGCGUCGCCGCUCGGCCAGCCCCUCUGCCCAAACGCGGGCUGCUCCCCAUUGUAGAAGCUGUACCGUGUGACAGGAGGACGGCGUGCUGCUCCCGGCGCGGGGCUGCGGGGAUCUCAGCGAGCUGAAGCCCUGGCAUCCUUUUAGGGUGGGGCGGGGAGGGCCCUGGCUUUUGGAGAGUGGACCGGGAGGAGGACCGGAGCAGGGAAAGGACUCUGUAGGGGACUCGUGAGAGACUAUGGGGAAGGACCAGGAGCUGCUGGAAGCUGCUCGCACUGGCAAUGUGGCUCUGGUGGAGAAACUCCUAUCUGGCAGGAAAGGAGGGAUCCUGGGUGGUGGAUCCGGACCUCUGCCCCUGUCUAAUCUGCUAAGUAUCUGGCGAGGUCCCAAUGUGAACUGCACGGACAGUUCGGGGUACACUGCUUUACACCACGCGGCCUUAAACGGACAUAAGGACAUAGUUCUCAAGCUACUUCAGUAUGAGGCAUCCACAAACGUGGCCGACAACAAAGGUUACUUUCCCAUUCAUCUGGCUGCCUGGAAAGGAGACGUGGAGAUUGUGAAGAUUCUCAUCCAUCACGGACCGUCACAUUCCAGAGUCAAUGAACAGAACAAUGAGAAUGAAACCGCCCUACACUGUGCAGCUCAGUACGGACACUCAGAAGUGGUUGCUGUUCUCCUAGAAGAGCUCACGGACCCUACGAUCAGGAACAGCAAACUGGAAACCCCGCUGGACUUGGCAGCGCUGUACGGACGGCUGCGUGUGGUGAAGAUGAUCAUCAGCGCGCACCCGAAUCUCAUGAGCUGUAACACCCGCAAGCACACGCCGCUUCACCUCGCCGCCCGCAACGGCCACAAGGCGGUUGUACAGGUGCUGCUGGAGGCAGGAAUGGAUGUGAGCUGUCAAACAGAAAAGGGGAGUGCUCUUCAUGAAGCGGCCUUGUUUGGGAAGGUGGAUGUGGUCCGAGUUCUGUUAGAAACAGGAAUUGAUGCCAACAUAAAGGACAGUUUAGGUAGAACUGUCUUAGACAUUCUGAAAGAGCAUCCGUCUCAGAAGUCUCUCCAGAUCGCAACGCUCUUGCAAGAAUAUCUAGAAGGUGUGGGAAGGCCGGCAGUCCUGGAGGAGCAUGCUCAGGAAGACACGACACAAGAGACACGCCUCCCGUCCCCUGCGGAGUCUCCUUCCCAAAAGACUAAAAGUGAAACGGUCACGGGGGAAUUAUCAAAACUCCUGGAUGAAAUAAAACUCUGCCAAGAAAAGGAUUAUUCCUUUGAAGAUCUGUGCCAUACAAUUUCAGACCACUACUUAGAUAACUUGAGCAAGAUUUCAGAGGAAGAACUUGGGAAAAAUGGAAGCCAGAGUGUAAGAACUUCAUCUACAAUAAAUUUGUCACCAGGAGAAGUGGAAGAAGAAGAGGAGGAUCCAAACACUUGUGGGCCCACAGGACUUUGGGAAGCAUUAACUCCUUGUAACGGAUGUAGGAACCUUGGCUUUCCCAUGCUUGCACAGGAGUCUUAUCCAAAGAAGAGGAAUUACAUCAUGGAAAUCGUACCAUCUGCCUCUCUGGACACAUUUCCUUCAGAAAAUGAGAACUUUCUUUGUGAUCUCAUGGACACAGCUGUUACAAAGAAACCUUGCUCCCUAGAAAUCGCACGGGCACCUUCUCCGAGAACUGAUAAUGCCUCUGAGGUAGCAAUUACUGCUCCAGGAACUGGUCACCAUAGAAACAGCUCUACAGGCCCAACACCUGACUGCUCACCUCCAUCCCCCGACACUGCCCUAAAAAAUAUCGUGAAAGUUAUCCGACCCCAGCCCAAACAACGAACAUCUAUUGUGUCUUCCCUGGAUUUCCAACGAAUGAAUCAUAACCAAGAAUACUUUGAAAUCAGCACAUCUACGGGGUGCACCAGCUUUACGUCUAGCCCUCCAGUUAGCCCACCCACCUCUUCUGUGGGAACCACAGAAGUCAAGAACGAGGGAGCUGAACACACAGAUGACCUCUCUCAACAGGAGGACAAUGAUCCCCCAAAAGAAUAUGAUGCUGGGCAGUUUGCAGGCCUUCUCCAUGGAUCUUCUCCAGCGUGUGAGUCCCCUGAAAAUCCCUUUCAUCUGUAUGGGAAAAGAAAUCAAUGUGAAGAUGGACAAGACGAAGCCAGUUUGGCCAACAGUCCUUUGCCUUUCAAACAGACUCCCAUAGAAAAUAACUCAGAGCCUUUGGUAAAGAAAGUUAAACCCAAAGUGGUCAGUAGGACAAUUUUCCACAAAAGAAGCCACCAGCUCGAGAACCAUACCAUUGUUGGAACAAGAACGUCUAGAAGCGGAUCCCGCACUGGUGACCAGUGGGGUGUGAAUACAGGGGGCUUUGUGGAGAGAGCGUGUACUCUGGGGAGAAUAAGGUCAUUGCCUAAAGCCCUGAUCGACAUGCACUUAUCCAAAAAUGUCUCUAAGUCUGAUUCUGAUCUUAUUGCCUACCCUUCAAAGGACAAAGCGAGAGUUAAUUGGAGUGAGUCAUCCACGGCUGAACGCAGUUCUAAAGACAAUUCUGAAAGGACACCUUCCUUCACGUCUGAAUGGGAAGAAAUCGACAAAAUAAUGAAUUCUAUUGAUGUUGGAAUCAACAGUGAACUUGAAGAGAUGAAUGGACCCAGAUGCCCUCUCCAAACAGUGGGACAAUGGUUGGAAAGCAUUGGGCUACCUCAGUACGAGAACCACCUGAUGGCUAAUGGAUUUGACAAUGUACAGUUUAUGGGAAGCAAUGUUAUGGAGGAUCAGGACUUGUUGGAAAUUGGAAUCCUUAAUUCUGGACACAGACAGAGAAUUCUGCAGGCAAUCCAGCUCCUUCCAAAGAUGAGACCCAUUGGUCAUGAUGGCUACCAUCCCACCUCUGUGGCUGAGUGGCUAGAUUCCAUUGAGCUGGGUGACUACACCAAAGCCUUCCUCAUUAAUGGCUACACGUCAAUGGACCUGCUGAAGAAACUCUGGGAGGGUGAACUUAUCAAUGUUUUAAAAAUCAGUUUGAUUGGCCACAGGAAACGCAUUUUGGCAUCUCUGGGAGACAGGCUGCACGAGGACCCUCCACAGAAGCCCCCUCGGUCCAUCACCCUCAGGGAACCCAGUGGUAAUCACACUCCUCCUCAGUUGUCUCCAUCACUUAGCCAAAGCACUUACACCACUGGUGGCUCCCUAGACGUUCCUCACAUUAUCAUGCAGGGCGAUGCAAGGAGAAGAAGAACUGAGAACUACUUUGAUGAUAUCCCCCGAUCCAAGCUGGAGAGGCAGAUGGCUCAGCAGUCGUCUGUCUGUGAAAUAUGGACGAAUCAGAACGCUGGAUUCCCUUUCUCAGCGAUCCAUCAGGUUCAUAAUACAGGGGACUGGGGAGAACCUUCUAUCACCUUGCGACCUCCAAACGAAGCCACAGCCUCAACUCCAGUUCAGUACUGGCAGCAUCAUCCGGAAAAGCUCAUCUUCCAGUCCUGUGACUACAAAGCUUUUUAUUUAGGUUCUAUGCUGAUCAAAGAGCUUAGAGGGACAGAGUCAACACAAGAUGCCUGCGCAAAGAUGCGGGCUGGCUCCACUCCACUGCUGAUGCUGUUCUUGGUGGUCAUCCCACGGUACUGACAUCUCAAAAAUGAUGGGGUCUUCUGUUACAGACGGCUGCACUUUCGCCGGUAGCCUCUCCUGGGCUCUCCUCAGGGCUCCAACCCUGCCCCCUCAGCUCCUCUCCAUGACCCCUUCUUGCCUUCAAAACCAACACCACCUGGGUCACUCUUAGAUUACCAAGUUCAACUGCCAGCACAAAAUACAACCUUGGCCGCCUCUGGAACACAGCUUCUCUGUGCUCUCGGGAAACACUUGCCAGCUUUCACCUCAAUGAUGCCAGUCUCUUCUUAAUCACAGCCCAUUCUUCAGCCCCAGUUGACAAAAACCACAGAUUCUUCACACAAAAGGCCCCGUAGAGUCUUUGCUUCCUUCUGAAACUUCAUAAGCCAGAGGUUUCCAUCUCUGAGCAGCUCGCAACAUUGUUACCUUCUGAGUUCCUACAUAACGUCCCAGUGAGCUCUCAAUGUUCAAAGUCUCUUCUAGCCCAAAGUGUGAAAGUCCUUCCACAAUCCUCCCUACAACAAUGUGGUCAGGUCUGUCACAGCAUUACUGGUACCCACUAUCCUGGCACCAACUUGUCUUAAUUAGGAUUACUAUUUCUAUCAUGAUACAUUACGACCAACAUGAUGGGGGGACCCACAGAGACAGCUGACCUGAGCUGGUGGGAGCCCAUGGACUCUGGACCAGUAGCCAGGGAGCCUGCAUGGGACCAACCUAGGCACUCUGCAUGUAGGUGACAGUCAUGUAGCUUGGUCUGUUUGUGGGGCUCCUGGCAGUGGGACAGACCAGGAUCCCUGGACAGGACAGGACCUGUCCCUGGCACUUGAGCUGGCCUUUAGGAACCUCUUCCCUAUGUUGGAUUGCCUCACCCAGGCUUGAUGCAGGGGGAGGAGCUUGGUCCUGCCUCAGCUUGAUGUGCCAUGCUUCGUUGACACCCACAAGAGACCUGCCCCUUUCCGAAGGGAGACAGAGGAGGAGCGGAUGGGGGGGAUAGAGGAGAGUGGGGAGGGGGAACAAGAGGAGAGGAGGGAGAGGAAACAUUGAGAGGAAACAAUGAAUGAAAAAUUAUUAAUAAAAAAUUAAAUAUCAUGACCAAAAGCAAGUUGGGGAGGGAAGGGUUGAUUUGGCUUACAUGUUCUAUAUUGUAGUCCAUCAGUGGGGGCAAUCAGGACAGGAACUCAAGCUGGGCAGGAACCUGGAGGCAGGAGCUGUUGCAAAGGCCAUGGAGGGGUGUUGCUUACUGACUUGCUCCCCAUAGCUUUGCUAACCUGCUUUCUUAUAAAAUCCAGGACCACCAGCCCAGGGAUGGCCCCACCCACCAUGGGCUGGGCCCUCCCCCAUCAAUCACUAAGAAAAUGUGUUAUGACCAGAUCUUAUGGAGGCAUUUUCUCAACUGAGGCUCCCUCCUUUCAGACAACUCUAGCUUGUGUCAAGUUGACAUAAAACCAGCCAGCACACUAACCAACAUGUGUGCAUCCUCCAUUAUCAACACGUAAGUGGCAUUGUAAAUACCUGGGUCCAUAGUUUACAGUAGGCCUCACUCUUGCUGCUAAACUUCCUGUAAAUCCAGACAAACUGACAAUGACCUGUGUCUACCAUUACCUUUCAGAGUAGUUUCUCUACUCUGAAGUUAUUUCUUUAGAGCUGUUUUAGAUUUGCAGAAAAACGGUGCAUAAAUUACUGCACUUACAUACACUCCCUCUACAGCUACUGAAUUUACAGCUUCCCCUUUUAUGAAAUUUCUGUGUUAGUGUGGCAUACUUGUCCCAAUUAGGGCCAGUAUUGGUGUUCAGUAUUAACUAAAGAAGUUUGCAGUAUAUAUUGGAACUCAUCCUUCCUGUUAACAGAGUUCUAGGGCUCUACAAAUACAUCAUGACAUAUCUACCAUUUCUUCUUGGUUGCUCCCAUGUUUUGGAAAUUCUACAGAUGCUGUAAUAUACACACCCCACCUGUACCCAGGUAUUUAUUCCAAGAUAUUUUCCCCCUGGAUGCAAACUCUAAAUAAUGUCCCUCUUUCUUCAAUGUGUUUGGUGAAAAUUCAGUAGAAUCUGACAUUGAACCCUGAUGAUUCAUUACUGGGCAACAUUGCCAUUUCUGCCUUGUCUUUUGAGGUUGUGUUUAAUAAAAGCCGGAGAAGCUUUGGCACUGAGGCAUAGGGAUGGUGUUGCUCCUUCGUAGUAGCCAAGCUGCUCAUUUCCUGUACACCGACAGUUCUGCAGACGUACUACUGACAUGUGGAGAGUCAGAAAAGAUUUCUCUUUAAUCUUAACAGUCAUUCAGUGCUGCCUUUUUAUGUGAGUGGUCUGAUUCUCUAGCUGAAUCCAUGCUCUAUGACACAGGCAUCAUUUCCUAGUCAGCCCCUGGGGGAAAUACUAGUUCUAGGGUGCUAAAUAUGAUGCCCUUUCUGCAACGUUCUCCGUAGCAGAGAGACUUCUUUCUGUCUUCCUCACAAGGCGCUGUAUGAAUGUCUGGGGGCUCAUGCUUCCCCUCCCCUCCUGAAAGCAGGGACAGUAUACAGUGCCUGUCUCUGUGGUACCUGCUUUGUUGUGAUGGUUGGAUACAACCAUGCAUGCCAAGUGCCUGCUCCCAUUCCCUCUCAAAACAUGCUGGCUUCUUCCUCCAAAUGUUUGAAAAAAAAAAGAGUAAAUUCAUGGGCAGAUUUACUUGAGAUUCUUUCAUUUCAUUUCAUUUCAUUUCUUUCUUUUUUUUCCCCCCAACUCUGAAGCCAGUACCCCUCUCACUGUUCUGUGUCCAUCGUACGUAAGAGUGUAUUCUACACUUCAGGAAUCCUACACUUUCAUUUCCACCCUAUAAAGUCCAUUUCCAAGAUGGAGAAAACAGGUGAGAAAGGAAGCUUCUUACGAGUUGAUGGGUGCAACGCUGCAGUUUCAUAUGUGCUCCAUCUGUCCCUGAAUCAGUCAGAAGUGGCUCUUUCCAGACACUGUCUGUGGGACUGAAUUUUUUACAAAGCUAUAAGGAUAUUAGUUGACCAUUCUAUGAUGUAUAUGAGUUUGUUUUGUGUUAAGUGUUUCCCACUCUGAAGAUUCCACAACCUACAGUGUUCAGCAAGCUAGGCCUUAGUUCUGGCCAUGCGAAGUUCUGUUUAAUUUUUUCCUCUCUGGUCUUCUCCACACCCUGCCUCCACCCCUGCAUUUCGCUCUAGAGUUCAAUCAUUGCUAACACACUGAGUACCAUCACUUCCCUAAUUAGAUUAAUUAUGCCAUUAGAAAACAUAGGCCAUCAUAUUCAACGCAAUGCUCUCAGCAAUCCUACUUUCUCCAGGCCCACGGUUGGCAAUUAGCAUUACUCACGGGUGUUUGAGGUCCUGGAAAUUGCUCUUAAAAGGGAAAAAAGGAGGCUAGGCUAGGGCAUAGGCUCAGGUGGUAAAGCACUUGCUGUGAAAGCAUGGGGCCUUUAGUUAAGGAAUGCUCACCACCACCCAGGUAAAAUGUCGGCUGAAGCCGCACAAGCCUAGAACUCCAGCUCCAGGAGGUAGAGACAGAAGGAUCCACGGAGCUCAGCCAGUCUGGUGGGAUCGGUGGGUUCCAGGUUCAGUGAAAGACCCUGUCUCAAAGCAUAAGGUGGAGAGUAAUUGAGGAAGACACCAACAUUAACUUCUGUUCUCAACAUGCACACGAGUACACCACGCAUACACGCUCGCUCACACGCGCGCGCGCAUGCGCGCGCACACACACGUGCGCACACACCCACAUACAUGGAGAGAGAGAGAGGAGUGGGGCACAGAGAGGGAGAGACACACACAGGGGAGGAGCAGGAAGGAAAUGGCUGCUUUUUAAUGAGACUAAGAGAGAACAGAGGCAUAUUUUAAGUUCUUUUAAAGUCGAGACUAGGCAGGACCUUGGAGCAUAUUAAGAUUUUGGAGCCCUUAGUUCCCAAAGCCUUUGUACUCUCGCCAUAGGUCUCAUGGCAUCUCUUCUCCUUAGUCUGUGUAACUUUUAAACUUUCAAGCUGGAAGCAGCUCUACAGGGUGACUUUUUAAAUAGUAGAUUUCUGGGUAACAGGCAAUGCUUUGGUCUAAGCAGGACGGCGGUCUUUGCUCUUCCCUGUGCUUUCAAAGAAAGUCAGUGGAAGGAAGCUGAAAGGUUUUGUUUUUUUGUUUGUCUGUUUUUUUUUUUUAAAGUUAGAAUGCCUCCUUCCUUAAAAAGGACUCAGUCUAAAGCCAUGAUUAGAUCGUCUGUCUUUGCACAGAUUCUUCUGGGAGAAACUGCCAUCUGCAGACGUGUUUUUAGAAAGGCUUCUCAGGAACCAGGAUGGGGAAACAUGUAAAGGACCUUUUUUCAACUUCUGUUGACAAAAUUUCCGGGAGGAAUCCAUUUUUUUUUUCAUUUUGUUUUGAUUUUUGAUGCUGGGCAUUGAACCCAGGGCCUCUUAAGUGCUGAGGUUUGCAUUUUAUAUGGUCACCUUCAGAUAGAAUCCUGGAAUCAGGUCCCCACCUUCCUCCGGGACCCACUGGACUCUGUGGGGAGGAUGGAAUCCAAUGCUUCUCACAUACUGACCACCACCAAUGAGCUACUUCCCAGUGCACAGAAAGAUGGCAGUGCCUUUUUUCCCCCAUAAUCCCCACUUAUCUUAAAAUCUCUCUCUAAAUAUGUUUAUUUAAGUGAACAUCAUUGGCCACAUAGGUCAACACCUGCACUGGGGAGACUGAGCCAGGAGGAUCCAAAGUUCAAAGCCAUCCUGAGCUGUAGUGCAAGUUCAAGACGCUGUCUCAAAUAAUAAGUUGUCUUUGACCCAAAUGCAUAGUUAUGUUUACCGGUCGUUGUUUAACAUUUUCACUACUGUCAGAACAUCACCGUAACAGCCUGGUGUGCUGGGGGAAGGGUACAUCCUAAGACCCUCCAAAUACCAGCACUGGCUGAAAUCCACCUGUGUCAACUACGCACCAAACACUGACUUACCGGGUGUAAACCUCACAUCUAUACAAAGAGGACUCUGCAUUAACCAUCUUAGAAAUGAAGUAACUGAGCAAAGAGGCUAGCUAGCCACAUAGCCAGGGAGAAGUGGAAGGAAGCCAGGAAGCCAAGCAUCUCCUCCUAUGCCACUUUUUGGGGUUCUGGGCUUGGUUUGGUUGUUAUUGUUGAAACAUGGUCUUACUGUGUAGUCCAGGCUGGGAUCCAACUCACAAAUCUCCUACCUUAGUCUUCUGUUGGCUGAGACUACAAGCAUGUGCUAUUGUACCCGGCUACCUUCCUGUGGUCUUGUUCUCUGUAUUGUGAAGCCUCCCAAAAGGAUGAACUCAUCAGUGGAUCAUAAAAUCCAGAUGCACACACACACACACACACACACACACACACACACACACACACACACGCACACGCACACGCACACGCACACGCACACGCACACGCACACGCACACGCACAUACACAUGUACACUGCUGAAGUUGUAUUUACAAGUAAUAGAUUUAGAGACUCAGCACAGGACUAGGGUGAGAGCUUUGUCACUAAUGUGACUACUUUAAAAGCGUGAGAACCUGAGUUUAAAUCCCCCACUAUGAAAAAAGCCAUGUGUGGUGAUGCACGCCUAUAAUUUUGGUGCUAGGAGGCAAAGACAGAAUGAUCUUGGGGGCUCACCAGCCAGCCAGUCCAGCCAGUCAGUGAGUUCCAGGUUUAGUGAGAGAGCCUGUGAGAAAAAAAAAAGAUGGAGUGCAAUAGAGUAUGACAACUAAUGUACACACGUGUGUGUAUAUACACAUAUAUCAUAUACAGGAAAACAGAAACAAGGUGGACGAGCAUCCGAGGAGAGAUAGCCAAGGUUGUCACACGUGUGUAAACACACACACACACACACACACACACACACACACACACACACAGACUCAAUCGUCUUGUUAAACUAAAAAUCAUUUUUUAAAAAUUUAACCAAAAAAGUAUUUUUUAUUGCAAAGUGAUAUAAAGUCAUGGUUCUCUGCUUCCAAAGAGACAGACAGACAGAGAGACAGAGAGAGACAGAAAGAGAGACAGAGAGAGAGAACAGAAGGAAGAAAUGAAAACAACUAAUUUUACCACCCAGAAGUGGUAAACAUCCCCCUGUUAACACCUUGUUCAUGUGUGAUCCUUCAAACUGAUUACUUAGGCACUCCUGGGCAUUACUUUUUCACUAAAAACUGGAAAUGUUCUGUACCUGUUGUUUUACGGUCUAUUUUAAACCACAGUUAUAUUUGGGGAUUUAAAAAAGAAAAGUAUUUCAGUAACUCUUCAUUCUCAGUAUUACUUGUAGUGGUUGAUUACAAUAUUCCACUCCACAGUUGAAACAAUUCUUCAGCCGAUUCCUCUGGUUAUUGUGUCCAUUUCUAGUUGUUUUGAAAUUAUAACCAGGGUUCUUCAAAAGUCCUGAUUACGUCCCUAGAUCGGCCACUAAAUGUGGAGCAGUGGAGCCAAAGGGUAUUCCCACCUAGAAACUCUACAGAACCAUUGCCAGACUGCCUUCUAAACACCCACUACAAGUUACACACUCACAAGCAGUAAGUGAGCAUCCAGCACUGGGUCUCAGCCUCAUGGGCUUAUUAUAUUGACAUGCCCGCUCCUAGCGGAGAGAACAGGGGACUUCAUGAGAAGCUGUGUAUCACCAGUAUGCCAUCUAGUCUCACCAACAUCUAUUCUGGAUGUAACUCUAUUAUCUUUAUGACUCUUACUUUAUGUGAAGAAUGUUUCCAGCUCUCACAGUCCCUGGGAACCAUGAAAGGAUUAAAUAAUCCUUGCUAAUUGCUCUCAAGACCAAGAGCCAUUGUGAGAAACGCUAAUGGCAGAGUUUUGGAAAUCACUUGUCAAGUGCUUUGAUAAACUGGCUCCUUAGCAUGAACGUGGGAUGCUUUGCAGCUGAGUUUGCAUGCACAGCAUCAGAGCGCAGACCUGACAGGGACGUUCGAUCAAAUUGAUCGACUGCGUUUUUUAGAGCAGUUGCUCUUAAAGGGUGGGCCCCAGACUUGCAGCAUCAGCAGCAUCUGGAAAAUUGUUAGAACUGCGAAUACACAGGCCCCAGCCCACUUUCCCACGCCUCUGGGUGCGGGCCAGUCAUUUACCAAGCCCUUCACAGAAUUCAGAUACAGUCCAUAGGUGGAGAGCCGCUGUCUUGGUUCCCUGGGCAUUCCACUGAGGACGCUGUGUAGAUCAGCUCUUCUGGGUAGAUGCCUGGUGCCAUUACGCCUGGAGACUGGCCAGGCCUAGAACAGACUCAGAGGGUAUCACUUUGGGCCCGGCUAGAUUUUGGCAGGACUUUGUGAGCUCUAUAGCCGUUCACCCUCACAGCAAGGAGACGUGUUCGGAACAGUCACUGCUUACUGUUCAUGUCGCAUAGUCUUGUGUAGGUUCCCAGUCCCCUCGACCUUUGGGCCAGAGUUCUUGAGACCACAAGAGCCCCGUGAAGUUAUUUAGACACAUUUCUCAGCCAAAUGAGACACACUCAUUUAGGGACAGUCAAGAACCCAAACUAUUUUUAAAGAAAUACAGAACAAGAAACUCCCAGGCUGCCACCAAUCAUCAUCCUGCCCUCUAAGAAGCCCUUCCUGCUUCUCUUGGUGCUGCAUCGGGAGUUGGGGUACAGUUGAUGAAAACCCAGCCCUUCCCUCCCAGAGGCUGAAAACUUACCUACCACGGCAGCUCUCUCCACCCCAAGGGCCUCUUCAUAGCCCACAUCAUGUCUUCCCAGGCUUAGGGUACCAUGGCUCUCUCAGUGGCUCCACAUCAUGUCUUCCCAGGCUUAGGGUACCAUGGCUCUCUCAGUGGCUCCACAUCAUGUCUUCCCAGGCUUAGGGUACCACGGCUCUCAGUGACUCCACACCAUGUCUUCCCAGGCUUGGGGUACCAUGGCUCUCUCAGUGGCUCCACAUCAUGUCUUCCCAGGCUUAGGGUACUAUGGCUCUCUCAUUGGCAGGGCAUGAAGGUUCUCUAUAGCCCCAGUUUCAUGCUGGUGUCACCGUUUGGCGUCAGUAGCCGGGAGAACACCCUAUGAAGUGACUGUAUUAUUUACUUGUGACUUGAAAAAAGACCGACUCUGUAGGGCUAAACAUGGCUGUCUACCAAUGGUCAUAGAGAAGAGUCAAGACAUCUGUGGGUGGGUCUCUAGGCUCUAGGGAAGCAGAGCCCUUGAAAUUCCAGGCAUGAACACGAAGAGAAAGCCUUGUGUCAGCAUGGGAGGCCCAAGAAGACUUUCCCCAGAAAGCAAUCUUGGCGCUGACUGCCCUGUAAAACUCAUUACAGGGUGAGGGUUCAUUUUGAAUAACUAUUCUGAGGGCUGCUUUUUAUGCCUUACCCCACCACCUAGCUAGUUUUGCUGCGUAAAAGAUCAUGAUUCUGCCUCCUAUAGUUUUUUAAUCAUUUGAAAGUCACUGAAGGCUACAACGCAUUACUCUUCGACCUUAUUUAAAUUUACUUGAGAAAACUGAAUAUCAUCAUUACACUUUUGUAACUAAGGAAAGUGGUAGAUGGCAAAAUAGUUAUGACUCGGGACUGAAAGUCUAAUUAGAGAAUAUUCUCAGAGUAGCCCCGUGAAAUCUCUUCCCCAGCCUGUGCUUUGGAUAGGCUGUGAGUAACCAGGGGAUUGUAAGAAAGAAGGCUGAGGGCUGGGGAGAUGGCUUAUUGGGUGAAGUGUUUGCCGCCCAAGUGUGAGGACCUGAGCUUGGAUCCCCAGCAUCCACAGAAAGGCCAAGUGUGGCAGUGCAUCUCUGUAACCCCAGCCCUGGAGGGACAGAAACAGACAUGUUGUGGAAGCUCACUGGUCAGUGUAGCCCAACCAAUGAGCUCUAGGUGUGGUAAGAGACCUGGCUCCAAAUAAAUAAGAAGAACAGCAGAGUAAGACACUAGGUGCUGGUAUUUGGCCUCCACCCUCAUACAAAUGGGUGAGUGCAUCUGCCUGUAACACACACACACACACACACACACACACACACACACACACACACACACACACAAAGAGGAAGGAAGGAAGGAAGGAAGGGAGGAAGACUGACUGGCUGAGGCUAAGGCAGCCUCUGUGAAUGGCCUCGCUCUUUUCCCUCUUCCUGUGGCUGCCGAGGCACAAAUGAUUCUUACUGGGAAGAUAAAGCUCACUCUCACCGAGCCUGAUGGCUCACAACUGAAUUACCCCUAACCCCAUCAUGAGCCUCUCCGCACUCAUGCCCACUCAGGAAAAGCAUGUUCUGAGAUCAGUGAGUCCAUGCGCUCAGAAAGGAUGUCCCUGAACUGCUGAGUCUAAAUUUUAAAAACAAAAACAAACAAACAA